CGCCUCAAGAAACUCUUACUACUCUCCAAUCGCCACCGCCGUCGCCAUUAACUCGCGCGCCACUUUCUCCCGCGGUGCCGCCACGCCACCGCCCACCACCGUCCUUGCUCGUCGUCGAUGGUAAAAGAAUAAUCAAGGUGGCGGCCACAUUGGUUUCCUGCCGUUUGCAGAAACUCUGUUAACUUGCAUCUUAGGUUGAGGAUAAUGGUGGGUUUCAAGAAUAGAUACAUGGUGAUGGAGGUUUUCUUGGACCCAAAUCGAGACGUCAAAGGCGAUGAUUCUAUCAUCAUUACGCCGUUCAAUUUGAUGAAAGCGAUUAAAGAUAGCAUUCUUCCAAACUUUGGUGAAUGUUUCUUGGCUUGGUCACUUGGUUCACUGCAAGUCAAGUAUGUGAACCCCAUUACAAAGAUGUGCAUAAUCAGAGUUUCUAGAGAGAACCACCAAAAAGUUUGGUCAGCUAUUACCAUGGUGCGGAAGAUUGGGAAUUGCCCUGCAUUUUUCAACCUACUGGACCUUAGUGGAAGCAUAAGGGCUUGUAGAGCAGCUGCUUUGAAGUGUGAUGAGAAGAAGUUUGAGCAGUACUACAAGCUCAUGGCUGGAGAGAGUUUGUCUGCUGAUGAUAGUCAACGCAUGCAAAACCAUCUGGAGAAGAUCAAAUUUUUGGAGAACUGAAAUUGUUGCUGCCUGAUUUGGUAUGGUUUUGGUUUGGGGGGCGAUGAUAAGUGUAAAAUGAUUUGGUAGAGAGAAGGUUCUUUGCGUGUGUUUGUCGAUAUAGUAGGGCAUUGAAUUAUUUUGAUAUAUAGUUUUGUGUUUUGCACAUUUCUCAGAAAAGGUUCGUAGCUGGUGAGUGUGGAAAAGGGACAAUGUAGCUUCCCCCGUCGGUGAGUGAAGCCAAUGAGUUAUCCAGGAAUACACAUUCCAAAUCUGUUUUUAGUAAGAACGGG